CAGGGUGCCAACAUCUGAAAAUAAGAAUGGAAAAUUUAAUGGGCAAGCUGAGAUUGUCAUCUCAAGAUGGCUCCCCUUUGGAGAUGGCUGCCCUGGGCCGACCUUUCCAGGUGGGGAUGCUCUAUGACUGUCGCAUUGACUCGUUCAUUCCAGGUGUCACUCUAUGGGACUUUGAAAAACUCAAGAAAGACCUCAACAUUAAACCCCAGAAGAACACAAAACUCAAGAUCAUCACAUCAGACUCUUUGGAUGAGAAAACCUUCAUCUUAAAUGUGACAGCCUCCCUUAAAGCGAGCUUCUUGUGUGGCUUGAUUGAGGUUGAUGGAGCUGCCAAGUACCUCAAUGACACCAAAUCAUCCAAACAUCAGUCCAGGGUCACCCUGCACUACAGCACGACCACCAGAAUGGAGCAGCUCACCAUGAGCCACUUGGGGAAGCGGAAAGUCGAGUAUCCAGAAGUGUUUAAGCAGAAAUCGGCCACCCAUGUUGUCACGGCCGUGUUGUAUGGAGCUCAGGCCUUUUUUGUUUUUGAUCAAACCAGCUCUAAAGAGGAAGAGAACCAAGAUAUUACAGGGAAAUUAGAAAUAUUAAUUAAAAAAUGUAUUUCUGUAGAUGGAAAAGGAGAUUUAAAAAUGACAGAUGCUGACAAGAAAAUUGCUGACCAUUUUAACUGCACGUUCUAUGGUGAUUUUGUCCUUCAUCACAAUCCUACAAGCUUUCAGGAUGCCAUGGAGAUUUAUACAAACUUACCAAAUAAACUUGGGAAAGAUGACGAGCUAGCAGUGCCCAUCCAGGUCUGGUUAUACCCACUGAAACAUCUAAAUUCACAGGCUGCUCAGCUGGUACAAGAGAUCAGUGUGGCACUCGUGUCCAAAUCUCAGGAGGUCCUGGAGGAGAUAGACGAGCACAUCAUGAGAUGUAAUGACAUCAUGAAGGACAAUGUUGUCAAUCACUUUCCAAUAAUUAAGGAAAAUGCAGAACAAUUCAAAUCAGUGCUUAAUCAAUAUAAAUGUAUUUUCCAACAAGACCUUGCAAGGGUCUUACCAAAUAUAAGGGGUGGGGGUGCAAAUGAGGAACAGCUGGCAGACAUCCUGAAGAAGAAGGAAGAGUCGCCAUUUAACAAGUGUGCUAUAACAACAUGGCUGAAUAAAAGAGAAAAGGAAAUCAGCAUGCUCACAAAGGUCUUAAAUCAAAUUAAAGAAAUGAAACUUGAUAUUGUUAUAAAUGACCUGGAUAAAUUAAUUUACAACAAUAGUAUUAGAAAUAUUGUCUGCUUGACUUUCACCUCACUCCAUGUGUGUCAGUCAUACAUAUCAGUAAUGAAACGCUACCUUCAGGCCCCUUGUCAGUCCUCAGAUCAUCUGUCAGAGCCAAGUGAAGAGUUAAUCAUCCAGAAUUUCAGAAAGUAUUCCCAACAAUUCAUUGAGUUUGCUGAAAUUAACCAAAAUAGCACGACAAUGAGAUUUCUCGUUCACUCCAUCCCUGAUGAGGAAUAUCCUGGUGUGACAAUCUAUCUUUAUAAAUCUGGAAAUCUCAUCAGCCGUAACUUUCAGCUUCCAUCUAAACCUGAGUCUCUUGUGGCUGAUUCUCGAACAGACAACAGUGAAACCCUGAAGUUACAAGUCCAGAAGUCUGAUUCAGAAGGGUACAGAGUGGAGUAUAAGCUACCUGAAGAUGAAGAGUGGGAGACUGUGGACACAGGAGACACCGUUGAACAGGUUAUGAUUACAAAGUUACGUCCUAAUUCAACAUAUCAAUUCAGAUACAGAGCCAUUUGUGAAGUUGGUGUGAGUCAGGCCAGCGAUACGAUUGAAGAGAAGACACUACCUGUUAAAAAUCUUAAAGGUAAACUUGAUAUAAAACAUCAAAGUAAGAAGAUUAAUGAUGGAAAACCUGGACUUUACCUUUUGCCUUUGAUAUCAGAGAUCAUAAACACUGUGAACAAUAUUGCAAAACGCACCUUUGGAAACAGGACAUCCAAAAAACCUGGAAAAACUAUUAUGGUCCUCGGAGCAACAGGUUCUGGAAAAUCCACCAUGAUCAACGGAAUGGUCAACUACAUCUUAGGUGUCCAGUGGCAGGAUGACUUCAGGUUCAAGUUAAUCCAUGAAGAAACAUCUAGAAGUCAAGCUUCAAGCCAGACGUCUGCUGUCACUGCCUAUGAAAUGAACUAUCAGCAUUAUUUCAAGGUCCCAUACUCCUUCACUAUAAUCGACACACCAGGUUUUGGAGACACCAGAGGAAUUGAUCGGGACAAACAAAUCACUGAGCAGAUACAAGAAUGUUUUUCAUCUCCACAGGGUGUCCAGCACAUUAACGCAGUGUGCUUUGUAGUUCAGGCAUCCCAAGCUCGACUGACACACACACAGAAGUACGUCUUUGACUCCAUUUUAUCCAUUUUUGGUAAAGACAUAGCCAAUAACAUCCUGGUCUUGAUCACAUUUGCAGAUGGACAGCGUCCACCAGUUCUGGAUGCCAUCACUGAGUCUAACAUACCGUUCUCCAAAGAUAAGAAAGGGAGCCCUUUAUUUUUCAAGUUUAAUAAUUCGGCCCUCUUUGCUAAUAACAAAGACACUAAUAGCAGUGAUGGUCUGAUGUUUGACAAAAUGUUUUGGGACAUGGGUGCAAAGAGCAUGGAGGGUUUUUUUAAUUCCUUAGAGAAGAUGGAUGACAAAAGUUUAGCACUGACAAACGAGGUGCUUAAGGAGCGCAGGCACUUGGAGACGGCAGUGGAAGGAUUGCAGCCUCAGAUUAAAGCUGGAUUGAUUAAACUUGAAGAAAUGAGACAAACCCAUAACAUUUUAAAUAAGCACAUUACUGACAUAGAGAGCAACAAGAACUUUGAGUAUGAAGUGGAGGAAACAAAGACAAUAAAAGAGAGCAUUGCAGGCACCGGCACGUUCAUCACUAAUUGCCAGAAGUGCAACUUCACCUGUCAUUAUCCAUGUAAGUUACAAAAUGAUGAGCAAAAGAUCAAAUGUGCUUCUAUGAAGGACGGGGUCUGCACUAUUUGUCCUGGUAAGUGUGUGUGGAGUGUUCACUCCAACCAACAGCACAGAUUCAUCUAUGAAACUAAAAAGGUCAAAAAGACUUAUGAUGAGCUUAAGAAGAAAUAUGAAAAAGCAAAAGGAGAAAAGAUGACAACUGAACAAGUGUUUGAGCGGCUUCAGUAUGAGCUGGAUGUUGUGCAAGAGGAGGUUCAUAGACUCAUUGAAGUGUCUCAUAAUUGUAUAAAACAACUUGAAGAAAUCGCCCUCAGACCAAACCCGCUGUCCACUCCCGAGUACAUUGAGCUCCUCAUUCAGGCUGAAGAACAAGAAGCAAAACCAGGAUGGAUGGAGCGAAUGAAGUCACUGCAGAAAGUGAAGGAACAGGCAGUGAUAAUAGCAAAACUCAGUAGAAAUGAAAAACUCCUACCAAGUGAGCAGAAGAAGCAUGACGAUCAAGAAGAAAGGAAGAAAAACAGGGGAAAUGUUUUAGGAUUGUUAUACAAGGGAGAUUUGUUUAUUUCUUCUGGAAGAUCAAAUUGCUGCAUCAUUAAAUGUUCUGCUUCUAACAAUUCUUUGAUGAUCGAAGAGCCGUUUGUUCAUUCAACUUUUCAGAUAAUGGUCCUUUGA